UUGACUUAUAUCUGACAAAAUCCUAACCUCAUAAUUGACGAUUUGUGAACAACGUAAACAAACUUUAUUUGGGAACACAUGGACCAAUCCACAGCCCGCAGACUGCUCUCCGAGGGCGCUUUCUUCAUCCUCCUGGGAGUCCCCGAAGGCACCGAGUUCGGCAUCGACCUGAAAUCUUGGAACACUGGAGAGAAGUUCCGAGGGGUUAAAAUGAUCCCCCCAGGUGUGCACUUCAUUUUCUACAAUUCCGUUAGCGCGACCACUGAAGACGUCGCCCCGCGAGUUGGGUUUUUCCACAAUUUCAAACCGGGCGAAGUCCUUGUGAAAAAAUGGUCAAAGGUAAAUGAGCAAAUCAGCGAUGAGGAAGUCACCGAGUCGGAAAUUGUGAGUUUGAAGGAGAAUCUGAGGGCCCUCGAUAGUUUUCUGGGGCCUUAUCCGUUCGAUAUUGCUGAGAGGUGGACGAGUUUGUCGGGGAACAUAACCGAGGAUUUGUUGGCGAAAUUGGUGCCGCGCUGUGGCCAAGUGAGGGCCGCUUUGGAGCUGCAGUCUUGUAGUGACGCGGAGCGGCCCAGGGGGGCUAAAAGGAAAAAGGGGGAAGAGGCAAAUGAGCCGUCUUGUAGUGAAAUAAAAAAUUUGUCUGGUUGUGGCGAACAUGAUUUGUUGCCGGCCCUGAAACCGAUCGAAGGGACUGAAUUGAGGUUGACGAAAUUCCCUGAAAAAAAUUAUCCCGAAGGAAGCACACCCGCUGAAAUUACUCAACAUUCUCUAGAUUUAACAUAUGUUUUUGAAACACUUUUAACGCAAUAUUCCAGACCGACAGAAAUCAUCGGGGAGCUGGAAUUCUGCUACAUUUGUUUUCUUGUAGGCCACAGCUUGGAGGCAUUUGACCAGUGGAAGAAACUAGUGACUUUAUUCUGCUCCUGUGAUAGUGCCAUUACAAAAUACAGAAAAUUAUUCGAUUUAUUUAUAACAGUACUUGAAAUACAUAUAAACGAAAUACCUGAAGAAUUUUUAGCAGAUAUUGUUUCAAACGAUAAUUUUGUUUAUGUCAAUUUAAAAAAAUUGUUUAGGUCAGUUUGUGAAUCACACGUUGAUGGUCAAUUCAAAACGAAAGUGGACAGAUUUAAAAAUUCUCUAACUACGACGUUUUUGUGGGAUUUUGAACAUCUGGAUUCUGAUGAAGACGACGAAGCUCCAGUUGUGGUAGAAACUUAAUUUAUUUGUGCAGAAAAUAAAGAAUUUUUUUUUUCA